CUGGGGCCCCAGGGGAUUUUAAGCGGGUUCCAGGAACCCCCGCUCAGUUCCUGGUUCCCCACUUUCUCAACCCCACAGACGCUCCGGGCCCCUGGCCCUGCCCCAGCUAUGGCUCCUGGGGCUCCCUCAUCCAGCCCCAGCCCUAUCCUGGCUGUGCUGCUCUUCUCUUCUUUGGUGCUGUCCCCAGCCCAGGCCAUCGUGGUUUACACCGACAGGGAGGUCCAUGGUGCUGUGGGCUCCCGGGUGACCCUGCACUGCUCCUUUUGGUCCAGUGAGUGGGUCUCAGAUGACAUCUCCUUCACUUGGCGCUACCAGCCCGAAGGGGGCAGAGAUGCUAUUUCGAUCUUCCACUAUGCCAAGGGACAACCCUACAUCGACGAGGUGGGGACCUUCAAAGAGCGCAUCCAGUGGGUAGGGGACCCUCGCUGGAAGGAUGGCUCCAUUGUCAUACACAACCUAGACUACAGCGACAAUGGCACCUUCACUUGUGACGUCAAAAACCCUCCAGACAUAGUGGGCAAGACCUCUCAGGUCACGCUGUAUGUCUUUGAAAAAGUGCCAACUAGGUACGGGGUGAUUCUGGGAGCUGUGAUCGGGGGUGUCCUCGGGGUGGUGCUGUUGCUGCUGCUGCUUUUCUACCUGAUUCGGUACUGCUGGCUUCGCCGGCAAGCGGCCCUGCAGAGGAGGCUCAGUGCCAUGGAGAAGGGGAAAUUGCACAAGCCUGGAAAGGACUCGUCGAAGCGCGGGCGUCAGACGCCAGUGCUGUAUGCCAUGCUGGACCACAGCAGAAGCACCAAAGCUGCCAGUGAGAAGAAACCCAAGGGGCUGGGGGAGUCUCGCAAGGAUAAGAAAUAGCGGUUAGCGGGCCGGGCGGGGGGUCGGGGGUUAGGGGUGGAGUCCGCCAAACGCCCAAAGGUGGUGGUCAUCGAGAUGGAGCUACGAAAGGAUGAGCAGAGCUCGGAGCUCCGGCCUGCUGUCAAGUCCCCCAGCAGAACCAGCUUCAAAAACGCCCUCAAGAACAUGAUGGGCCUGGACUCGGACAAGUGAUGGCCGCCCCCAACCCUAGGCCCUACCAGAGCAGGGGGACCUAGGCUCCUCUUAUCCCCGUCUAGGUGCUUCCCUUCCUUGCUCCCCCGCCCUGCCCUACCCGCAGCCCGCACCUCCCUUUGAGAUGUAAGUUUCAUUCCAGAAUUCAUUCCCUAGGCAAUUGUAUUUUCCCCACCUUCACCCCUGGCUUUCUGGGAGCCCAGGAGCUAAUCCUACCCCUCACCUGCCCCAAGGACUGUGUGUUUGGUGCCUGUCUGCCUGGGCACUGAGAAGAAAGGGACCUUGAUACCUUCUGCCUCACAUCCAGGCCACCUGGCAUUCCCACCCCUGCAUUCCCCAGCCAAACCCCUCGGUUGUUUCCUCUCCCAUCCCCUCCCUCCCCUCUACCAGGUGGCCCCAACUCCAUACUCUGUCCCCCCCAGCUAAUGCCCAGAGCACCCAGAUCAGACUGUCCUUCAGGGUUUAUUUAGGUUAUUAUUUUUUAUUUUUUAAUCCAUUCUUUGUUUAUCUGUGCCCAUCCUCUGCCCUUACACCCAUGACUGAGGACUAAUGACGUCAUGUGGCUUUUGCAAUUCUUCACCCCCCCCCAAGUCCUUAAUGAAGAGCCAGCCCAAGGAGAGGGGCCCCGAUCCUCACACUUCGGUAUAGCAUUGGUGCCCCCCCCCACCACCACCACCACUUUGGAGCACUGUUCUGGGACUCCAGGUCUUGAGAGAGAGGGAGAGAGAAUGGAUCCUCAUAGGUCAGGGAGUGGAGGAGGGGCAAAUGAGCCUUAAGAAAUGGUUUUUAAACAACCAGAAAGCAGGAAAAACAAAUGGGAAAUGGGGGCGGGGGGGAAGAGGCUGCACUCCAGCCACAGGGGAUUCUUAGGAUUUUUCUACAUUCUGUAUAUUUCUUCUCAAACCUCCAAAUGUCCUUAAAUGUUUAAUAAACACUGACAUUUCCAGAA